CUUAUAAAAGAAGAUGAACUAAGCUCUGCCAUCCAAUUUGUUCUCCAAUCAAAUUAUAAUAUAGCCAGCAGGACGGGAAGACAGACACAAGGGAUAGGAGAUGGAGAGGCAGAAGCAUUUUGUGCUUGUCCAUGGGGCCUGUCAUGGAGCAUGGUGUUGGUAUAAGGUGGCAACUUUGCUUACAUCAGCUGGUCACAAAGUUACAGCUCUGGAUAUGGCUGCUUCAGGGGUCCAUCCAAAGCGGGUAGAAGAGCUCCAUGCGAUCUCAGACUAUUUCGAGCCAUUGAUGGAAUUCAUGACAUCUUUGCCACCAGAAGAAAGGGUGAUUCUAGUGGGUCACAGUAUGGGCGGGCUCUGUAAUUCUGUUGCAAUGGAAAGGUUCCCUGAGAAAAUUUCUUGUGCAGUCUUCGCAGCAUGUAUCAUGCCAGGUCCUGCUCUGAGCUUCACAGCUGCAAAGGAAGAGAAUGCCAGACAAGCAGGUUCCUUCAUGGACUCACAAUACAUGUUUGAUAAUGGGCCCAACAAUCCUCCAACGUCCAUGCUGCUUGGGCCCGACUGCUUGUCAAUCCAGCUGUACCAGCUCUCUCCUGCCGAGGAUCUUUCGCUAGCAAAGCUGUUGCUGCGACCUCACCCUUUGUUUAGUGCCGAGGCGACUCAAGAAGAACUCUGGGUUUCGAAGGAGAAGUACGGAUCGGUUCCUCGAGUUUAUAUCGUGUGUGACCAAGACAAGAUAAUAAAGGAAGCUAUACAGAGAUGGAUGAUUGAAAAAAAUCCACCGGAUGAAGUAAAAGUUAUCCCUGGUUCUGAUCACAUGCUCAUGUUUUCUAAACCUCAAGAGAUGUGCUCUUGCCUCCUGGAGGUUGCCGGGAAAUACUCCUGAUAUUGUCAAUUGCUACUUGCUUGUCGGAACCUGCUACUAUGUACAGACGAUCAGAGGAUGCAGACGAUCAGAGGAUGUCGACCAAGUAUCAGCCUGUUGAUGCGCAGCAUAAUCAGACAAAGGUCAUGUGAAAUGUUAAUAAUGCUAGAGAUAAUUAAUUCUGUAGUGAUACUUCUUACCUAAAUGAUACAUAUAGCAGGUUGUGAUUGGGAUUUAUUAAUUAACGCAUUCCAUAAUUAUCACAUUUAUAAAUA